AUGCUAUUGGGUUUUGCAAAAGGUUUAGAACGUGAUCUGAAAAAGCCCGCCUUCAUGUUUUUUCUAUGGUAAAGGUUUUUAGAAUUACCACCUUGGAUAGGAGUGGAGAUUCUCAAAAUCUAACUUUCUCAGCAAUGGUUAUUGUAAUUUGAUAAUCCAGUUGUGCAAAGAAAACUAAUUUAAAAUAACAUACUCCCACAAAGUAUAGAUAACUUUAAUCUUUCCAUGAUUGUGCUGUGUGUUGGGCAAUCUCUGACCUGUAGGCUUCUCUCCACGAAUAUUUAAAUUAUGGUAGCCAUUUAAAGCCUUGAGUACUUUGAAGAUGAGCCUGAAGAGGAGCUAUUUAAGAGAAUAAUUUAUUUGAUACAGAUCAUUCAAGAGAACUAAAUCAACCAACCAAAGGAGAGUAUCGAGGAAUUUUAAUAUUACUAUAUACAAGAAGAUGCAAAAUGCAUUGAAGUUAACUUAGCAGCAGGCCCAAAAACAUACAGAACUGUUGAAUGUGCUGUCAAGAUGGUUAAGAAGAAAGUGUCUUUGAAUGUCACUGGCAAGAUCAAAAGGAUAGCAACCCAUAUGCAAAAGGAUGCAAUGAGACAACCUCUAGUGUUCUCCACUUCCUCUUCAUUAAGAGCUGGAACAACCUCAGACGAAAAGUCAGAAAGUAAGCAGAAGGACUCGGAGUCUUUCUAGAAGGAUUUCAUCAGUGACUCCGUAUCAGAUGGGGAUGAUGAAGAGUUCACUCCAAGAAGAACAACCCAGAGGAAUGUUACUAGGAGAACAAGCUUAGAGCAAGAAGAGAUUUAAAGACACGAAGUUGAAGAAAGCAAAAAGAUUAUUGAAGAUGAUAAUGAACACUUGCAGGUGUCUCUCUCCAUGAGUAAAGAUCAGAGACUUGAUAUCAAGUCAUUUAUGGAUAAACUAAACUCGAUAAAGCAAAAGAAUGUUUAGUCCUUAACGGACAGAGCAUCCAACUGCUAGCAAAACCAAUAGAAAACUCUUGAAAUGUAUAAGAAAUUGCAAACAUUCAAAAUUGGGGAGACAAUCAAUGGCUAUCAAAAUAUUUUGCAGCAGAGGAAUAAGAUGAUCAAGACUCAAAGUCAUAAAUUUUUCGAACCUGUCAAAUUAAAUCUAUAGGAUUUAGAAAAAUCACAGCAAUAGUAUGAAGGAGCUCAUCAUUUAUAAAGCACAUAAUUUAACAGUAUAAAUAGUUUGCAGGGUGAUACCACAACGCAAAUAUAGUCCAUAUCACCAACAUUAAGACCUGACCAUAUCAAAAAAAUAGCAAAAAGGUUUGGAAUAUAAUAUGAGCUCAAUCCAAUGGUAAAAUACAUUGAAUCUGAUUUAAUAUGGGUGGCAUAUCUUUAUCUAUUACUGAACAUAUCAGAUUAUAAUCUACAAACCUAAGAAGGGAUUCCUGAUGAUUCUAUGAUCACCUUAAAAAAGCUGAUCCAGUCUCAUGAUUUUGAUUAGCUUGUGGAGUUUCCUAUAAAACUGCACCCUGCCUUUGAAUAUCUGUAAAUGCUUUUGACUUAUUAAAGAUAGCUAAGAGAUACUUAGUUGAAUCUUUUGAAAAAUGAUACUGAAAGAAUCUAGUACAUUGAAAAUUGCUCUUGGUUUUGCUUUAAGGAGCAAAGAAUACAUCAUGCUUCUACUGAUGAGUGUGGAAUUUAUUUCUAUAACUUCAAACAUUAUAAAAAGUCAUAUAUGAUGCCUGAAUGCUUGAUGGUAUCUAUGGAUGAUAGACAUAAAAGGUUAUUACCCAAUAAUCCAUCCGGAAAAGUAAAAUUAAACUUUGAUUCAACCGUAAACGAUCAAUCAAUAGGAUUUAACUGUGAACUCAAACCAUCAACUUAAUAAGUUCAUGUAUAAGAGGAUAAGAAAGUAACAUAGGAAAAUAUUUUCGAUGCAAUAAUUAGAGUUGUUGAAUCAAUCAGCAGUUUCAGAGCUUUACCCUAACUUUAAAAAGCUUUAUUCUAGCCUAACAAAAUCUUAUAACAAAUAAGAGAAAGUAGUCUAAGAUAAAGAUCUCAGGGAGAUAUUGGAAUCAAUAGUAAUACUAAGAAAAUUAUUACGAAUUCCAAUUCAGUUUCAAACAUUAAAGACUCCAAGUAUAUUCUUCACUGUACUGGAGAAGAUAGCUGUAGUAUGACAAGAUAAAAUUCGCUAUCCAAGACUAGAAUCAAAAGUUAAAAGUCAUCUACUACCAUAAAUAAUCAAAUCAAAUCUUAAUGA